ACGGCGGUGGCAGUGGCCAGCGUGCACAACUACACUGUGGUGUUCCUGGGCACGGCCAGCGGAGGACUCCUGAAGAUUAACCUGGACAGCUCCAUGAAGGUUAUUAGCAGGAGGUCCAUAUCGGUGGCCUAUGGAGAGCCUGUGCACCCCAUCAUGCAGUUUGACCCCUCUGAUCCCACCUACCUCUACCUGAUGACCUCCUAUCAGAUGACGCGGGUGAAGGUGGCUGCCUGUGACCAGUAUCUGACGUGCACGGAGUGCCUGACUGCCGCCGACGCCUACUGUGGGUGGUGCACCAUGGAGACCAGGUGUUCCCUGCAGCACGAGUGCACAAACUUCACGGAGGCCAACUUCUGGGCCAGCACAAGCGAAGGCGUGCAGCAGUGCCCGGCCAUGACCAUCCUGGAGCCCGAGAUCAAUAUUGACAAGGAGAACCCGGCCCUGAUAAUACAAAUAAACGGGACUAUCCCAAACCUGAAUGGGACAAAUAUUUCCUGUGACUAUGGAAAUAAUAUCCAUACGGUAGCCAGAGUUGCUGGAGAUUAUGUGAACCAGUUCAUUUACUGCAGUUUACUCCCCCGUGAGAAAUACCCAACGUUUCCAGAUGACCAAGACCACGUGGUCGUCGAAGCUGCUCUCCGGGUCAACAGCAAAAACAUCAUCCGGGCCAAUUUCACCAUCUACGAUUGCAAAAGAACGGGGAACAUUUACCCGAAGAGCGCGUGCACCAGCUGCCUCUCAACCAGGUGGCAGUGUCACUGGUGUCCCUCCACCUACACCUGUGUCUCCAACCACUCGCAGUGUGCCGAUGCGCUGCAGAUGAAGAAGAAAAUUGACUGUCCACGAAUCGUACCUGUCAUGCUGGAGCCAAUGCCCACGGGAGUGUCUCGGGACAUCACGAUCUUGCUGGCGAACGCGACUUUCUCCAAGGAGACAGCUCUGGAGUGCCACUUUGGGACGGACAGGACCUUUGAAGCCCGCUGGGUGAACACCUCUACCGUGGAGUGUCUUCACGUGCUGCUCCACACAUCAGAGAAAAGCCAUCUCUUCCCAGUGAACCUUCAGCUGAAGGACAGACCAGACAGAUUUAUCGACAGUCCAGAGACGAUGACAGUGGAGGUGUACAACUGUGCGACGGGGAGCACCGACUGCUCCCAGUGCCUGGGGAGAGAGGACCUGGGGCACCGGUGCAUCUGGAGCGAGAGUGGCUCCAGCUGCAGGCUGCACUCUGAGCCCCAGCACGUGUCUGACGUUUGCCCCGCGCCAGAGGUCAAGAAGAUCGAGCCGCUGCGGGGGCCGCUGGAGGGGGGCACGCUGCUGACCAUCCGUGGGAGGAACCUGGGCCGACGCUUCAGUGACGUCCUUGGUGCCAUCAGGAUCGGCAGGGUGCCGUGUGUGCCACUGCGCCACAGAUAUGUCGUCUCCGAGGCGAUCGUGUGCCAGACCGGGGAGACUCCAGAGGCGUUCUCUGAUGUGGUGACGGUCAACGUGAGCCGGGAAGGGAGGUCCAGGGAGCGGUACUCCUACGUGCUUCCCGUGGUGCAGUCCAUCACUCCCUUGAAUGGCCCGAAGGCUGGAGGCACCAGAGUGACCAUCAGAGGCAGCAGCCUGGACAUCGGCUCCGAGCUCCGUGUCCUUGUCAGCGCCUCCAAGCAGUGCACGGAUCUCAGCCGCAAUGACAGCACCAUCACCUGCACCAUGCCGGCUGCCGAGCUCACCACGGCCGUGCGCGUCUGUGUCCAGUUCGAGAACAAGUCUUGUGUCAGCCACAACAUCACAUUCAAGUAUGAGAAGAAUCCAGUUAUAUUGGACAUCAACCCCAAAAAGAGCCAGAUCAGCGGGGGCAGGAUCAUCACCCUGGAAGGAAGAGGCUUUGAGCUGAUCCAGAACGUGUCCAUGGUGGUCCGUGGCAUCGGCAGAGAGCAGACGACCUGCAGGGUUCACACCGACACAGUGCUCACCUGCCCAUCUCCUGCUGCCUCCAACGUCACUGCAGGGAGCAAGCCUGCACCCAUCGAUUUCUAUCUCAACGGCCGCCUCUAUGCGGACGACCGCCCGGCACUGGAUGAGGAGAUGUACCCUGAGGAGGCCGUGCACAUCAGCAAGUUCAGCCUGGAGUACCACACUGACCCCCAGUUCUUCACAGCCAAGAAGGAGAAGUGGAUCAAGCACCAUCCCGGCGAGCCUCUGACCCUGGUCAUACACAAAGAGCCUGACAGCCUGGGCCUGGAAAGCAAUGAGUACCAAGUGAAAAUUGGCCUUAUCUCGUGCGAGAUCCAGAUAGUUUCAGACAAAGUCAUCCACUGCUCUGUCAACGAGUCUCUGAGCACCUCGGAAAGGCAGCUACCGGUGACGAUCCAAGUGGGAAAGUUCAACUACACGGUUGCGAUGCUGCACCUCGGGGGAGGAGAGACCGCCAUCAUCGUCUCCAUUGUCAUCUGCAGCAUCUUGCUGGUCCUCUCUGUUGUAGCUCUCUUUGUGUUUUGCACAAAGAGCCGCAGAGCAGAGCGCUACUGGCAGAAAACCCUGCUCCAGAUGGAGGAGAUGGAGUCACAGAUCCGGGAGGAAAUCCGCAAAGGUUUCGCGGAGCUGCAGACAGACAUGACAGACCUGACCAAGGAGCUAAACCGCAGCCAGGGGAUCCCCUUCCUGGAGUACAAGCACUUUGUCACCCGGACGUUCUUCCCCAAAUGCUCGUCGCUCUAUGAGGAGUGCUACAUCCUCCCAUCCCAGCCGCUCAGCGCCCAGGUGGGCUCCCAGGUCCAGGAAACUCAUCCGCUGCUGGUGGGGGAGUGGAAAAUCCCUGAAAACUGUAGACCAAAUAUGGAGGAAGGAAUCUCGCUGUUCUCCACCUUACUCAACAACAGGCACUUUCUCAUCGUGUUUGUCCACGCUCUUGAGCAACAGAAGGACUUUGCUGUUAGAGACAGGUGUAACCUGGCCUCCCUGCUUACUAUUGCGCUGCAUGGGAAACUGGAGUACUACACCAGUAUCAUGAAGGACCUCUUGGUGGAUCUCAUAGAUGCUUCGGCUUCCAAAAACCCCAAGCUGAUGCUGAGGAGAACGGAAUCUGUGGUGGAGAAGAUGCUCACCAACUGGAUGUCCAUCUGCAUGUACAGCUACCUCAGGGAAACAGUCGGAGAGCCCUUCUUCCUGCUGCUCUGCGCCAUCAAGCAGACCCUCAACGAGGAGUGGCUGCUGCGGGAGAACAUCGAGGCCAAGCCACGGAACCUCAACGUCUCCUUCCAAGGCUGCGGGAUGGACUCCCUGAGUGUCAGGGCCAUGGACACGGACACGCUCAGCCAAGUGAAGGAGAAAAUCCUGGAGGCCUUCUGCAAGAAUGUCCCCUACUCCCAGUGGCCAAGGGUGGAAGACGUCGACCUCGAAUGGUUCGCCACUAGCACUGACAGCUACAUCCUGCGGGACCUGGAUGACACCUCGGUGGUGGAGGACGGCAGGAAGAAACUCAACACAUUGGCACAUUACAAGAUCCCUGAAGGGGCGUCCCUGGCCAUGAGUCUGUCGGACAAGAAGGAUGCCACACUGAGCCGAGUGAAGGAUUUGGACACCGAAAAGUACUUCCACUUGGUUCUCCCCACCGACGAGUCAGUUGAACAUAAGAAGUCCCACAGACAGAGCCACAGGAAGAAGGUCCUGCCGGAGAUCUACCUGACCAGGCUGCUCUCCACAAAGGGCACGCUGCAGAAGUUCCUGGAUGACUUGUUCAAAGCCAUCCUCAGCAUCCGUGAUGAUAAACCGCCAGUGGCCGUCAAGUACUUCUUUGACUUCCUGGAGGAGCAAGCAGAGAAAAGAGGGAUCACAGACCCUGACACUAUGCACAUCUGGAAGACCAACAGCCUACCUCUGCGGUUUUGGGUCAACAUCCUGAAGAACCCCCAGUUUGUCUUCGACAUCGACAAGACAGACCACAUCGACGCCUGCCUGUCCGUGAUAGCCCAGGCCUUCAUCGACGCCUGCUCCUUGUCUGACCUGCAGCUGGGCAAGGACUCUCCAACCAAUAAACUGCUGUACGCCAAGGAGAUCCCCGAGUACAGGAAGAUAGUGCAGCGAUACUACAAGCAAAUCCACGACAUGCCGCCGCUCAGCGAGCAGGAGAUGAACGCCCACCUCGCCGAGGAGUCGCGGAAAUACCGGAAUGAAUUCAACACCAACGUUGCCAUGGCCGAGAUAUACAAAUACGCCAAGAGAUACCGCUCCCAGAUCGUAGCUGCCCUGGACGCCAACCCCACCACGAAGCGCACACAGCUCCAGCACAAGUUCGAGCAGGUGAUUGCGCUGAUGGAGGACAACAUCUACGAGUGCUGCAGCGAAGCCUAG